AACCCAAAAGAUGUCGUUAGUUCCACACGAAACCACGACCAGUGCGCAGUGAAAUUAUUCCCUCGACAAUAAUAACAGUAAGAUCCGGCGGAUGACACCAGUCGGAGUUUCUUUGUGUGCCAACAAAACAAGUGCCAGUGUUUUGUCAUCCAAUCAAACGAUAACAACCAACCAUGAUCUUCCGUACUCUCUUACUCUUGGCCUUCCUCACCCUCGUCAAAGCGCGAAUUAAAACCCCGGCCAAAGUCGACGUCGACCAACUCCGUUCCGACUUCCUCAACCUCGAAGACCAACUAUGGAACUUUGUUUCCGGUCCGAGUGACAACCAACUCAAAGAAAACGACCAAAUCGAAGUCACACUUAUACGAGAAUUUGAAAAAUUCGGCGAUAAAAUCCAACAAGUCUUACCGCACGACCUCAACCACGGACUACAAACACUGGAAGGAGUUUGGGCCUACGCCUACGCGUACACCGAUCUGAGGGCAAUUUAUGCCCUUUACGAGACCUUUCGCAGGUUUCAAGCCCUUCAGACGGCCGAAGGAAGGAUACCAUCGCCCAAGCAGGCAUGGGUCGACCUGACCAAAGCCAUUUUAGACGACCCAAAAAACAGCAUUAACGAGUCGCUAACGAGGCUGCAUUACGUCGUCGAGCAAAAAAACCUAUUCGUAGAGUCGGAAAAGGAAAUCGAAGGCGACAUGUUAUGCAACUCGCACCAAUCGCCUCAACAAGUCCUCUUCUCGCUUUACAACGCCAUAGCCCUCACCGAACUCAAAGGCUACACAAUGAUACAAUUCGCCUACAUGUUGAAACGUCUCUACGGCGAAGGCAACUUCACCACCGAAUCACAAAUCGCGCGCGAACGCUUCCAAGAACGAACAACAAACAUCAUCGACGCUGUCAAGUCGGCCAUGUCCACAACCUCGCGAGAUCUAUGGAAAUGUGACCCUAAACGACACGUUUCGGGCGAAACUUAUGUCGAAGUGACCCAACUUUUGCAAGGUUAUAUUCAAAAUGAAGUUGAUUUAAAUCCGGAAGGAACGUGUCGUGAAAACUGCGCCGAAUACACCUAUACCAAAAGUCAUGGUUGUUUCCAAAACCUCUGGUGUCGUAAACAAAGGCGGUGCCAUGGAAAAGUGAUAAAUUGUAAAUAUGUCGACUCCGAUAUGUGGGUGUGUCCUGCGGAUAAUCAAAGUCGCAGAUACGAAUACGUCGAAUACGAAAAUGGGCGUGUCCUAGGGCGGAAACAGGGAUGUAGGAGGGGCACAAGCAAGGUUGAUAGUUGGUGGAGGUGGCUGUUCUGGCACUGCUCUUACUGUUUCUGUCUCUGUGACGAACAAGGAGUCCACUCUGACCGUUACAUCAAUCUAAGAGCUUCAAUCGCCGAUAUUAAGAACAAUCGCGUGGUCACUGGACUACGUUUCGUCAAACAUAAUCGAAUCAUUCACUUGCAAAUCCAAGAAGGCAAGCUGUUACCACGUGGUAACAUCGAUGUAACGACAGUUCAUUGGGUACCAGUCGAAGAAUACAAAAUAACCGAUUCCAAUGUUGCCAACGCCCAAGACUAUCACACCCUAACUUGGGAGAAACGCGCCGUGGAUUUGGACGACUUGGUCGCGGAUGAGGGUUACGUUGUAACCGGUGUCCGGUUCAAAGUGAUCGGUUCACACCUCAAUUUCGAAAUUUACACGACACCGUUUGACUUCGAAACGGGACAACUAAUCGACCCCGAAACUAAAAGUAUGUACAAGGACAACCCCAACACGGACUCCUCGUUGUAUAAACCACGGACCCGAGUCAGGUUGACCAACCCCGAUAUCAGCACCCGAUCACCGUCGCCCUCUCUGCCCGACUCGAAAACCGACCAAUACAUCGAAUUCACCAACAGUGACAUGGACCGAGAUGCCGCGCAAACAACAGUUCCAUUCUUGGACGCCCAACCUGUUGACUCCCUUCAACCGGUGCCCCUAAGCGGUGCUGGGAUUUUCCACAAGGGGCAGAAAUAUUUCGGCGGUUUCAUCGCCCCCAAACUAAUAACGUACGACUUCAGUAAGCACCUCCAAAUCGCUUUUCCCGAAAGCGAACCGGCGGUUAAUUAACCGCAUUCAUACGUAAAUAACCCAAUUGUAAUACUCUGUGAUUUAUGUUACGUUUUUGAAACUACGUUAUUGUAAUAGUCAUGUUAGUUUUCAUCAAUGUUUUUGUAUGUUUGUCAACGAAUAGACUAAUUAUUUAUACUCA